AUGGACAAGAAAAAUGGUAUUCGGAGGGCAAAGAGGCCCUCGAAGGCGUUGGAAGAAAAUUAUUGGGAUUGUAGUGUUUGCACAUAUAGAAAUAACGCGGAAGCCUUCAAAUGCUCAAUGUGUGACGUUAGAAAAGGCACUUCUACCCGCAAACCUCGCAUCAACCCAGCCCUGGUGGCAGCCCAAGCGGCCGGCACAGCGCCCACGAGCUCACAGAAGCGACCACGCUCCGCCAAUUCGCUCAAGAAGAAGCGUCGACAUCCGCCACGACUUAGCAACGUCGACCGAAGUUCGGCGCAAACCAGAGAGGUAACCGUCAGUGGAGUCACUGUAGUGAUAACAGAGUAUAAACCGAAGAAAUCCGUCUCCAGCAGCUCCAGUGACGUGGAGUCGUCAAACGACGCCCGGCCAUGA